GGGAGAGCUCACCGUUCAGCAGCGUAUGCCUUAUGUUUUGACGUUGUAAGUCUUAAGUCUUAGCUGAUUGAUGCGCUCGCUAUUGAAUGUGGUACUAUAACUAGUAGAAUCACUCUAUUCUCUAUAUAACACCUAUGCUUUCAUCUAGGUCUAGCUGAGGAGGUAGGAGAGUCAUUCUUGUUAUGGAGAUAGGCUAUACAUCACCUCCGUCGGAUCAACCCGAUGACCGUCCUUGAUCCAACCGGCAUAUUACUACGCGAGCGCGUAACGUGCGAGACGAUAGGGUCACGCGCGACAAUAAUAAUAAUAUAUAAUAAUAAUCGGUGGUCCCCCUAUAAUGACUAUCGUGUGAGCUUCGUGGUAACGCCCUAUUUCUGGCAGGGCUCAGCAUUCGAUGCGAGUCAGCGUCUCCGGUAUUGCGUUCGACAAGGACUUCGAAAUUGUAUUCCGUCAACACGAGCAGGAGACGUUGGUAGUACUGAAUCGAGUUCGGGUUCGGGUACAAGUACAACUAGCACAAGCCCAUCAUCUUCUACCAUCUCGACGACAACUACGUCAUUACCGAAGCAGCACACAAUUUUGGUGAAUCAUCUUGCGCAAGGACUCUACGGCUACGAACCGAAGGCUGCUGGGCGUGUCUUGUUAGAGGAAUGCGUGGAAGCAAUGCUGCGGUUGGACUCAUUUUUAUGGCAAUGAAGUUUUUUCUUUUUGAUUAUCGAAGCUCUCCAUGAUCAAUCUCAAAAGGCUACUCUCUAAAUAAAACAACCGGUUCGUUUUUACCUCUAGCGUGUAGCCCUUCCAACAAUCUAUUCUCUAACAUUUGACUACGACACCGGGGAUCAGCUUCGAUGUAUCAAGAUCGUCGACAAGGACUGGAAAGCGGUGAGACUCUUAGCCCAAGAGCUUCAGGAGGUUGAGAGCUUGGCGGAACCAUCGCUGCGUCCACAGACUGCGCAUACGUAUUAUCAUCAUUUGUUUCGCAAGUUGAUUGCAUUACCGGACCAGCCGAACCAGUUUUUGCGGCAAAACAAAGUGACGUUUUAAGGCUACAGAUAAUUCAUCUUACCAGCAUCUUGGUUUCGUUUCUUAUAACUAAGUGAGAGCGGGAACCAAGAAGAUGCUCUAUGUAGAAGAUGGGUUUCUUCUAGCUCUAAACCUUUCCAUUGAGACACGGCAUCAUUCGGAAUAAAAGGCAGAACUACAUGCAUCAGAUACGACCGUUUUUGUGGCGACCGCAGAAAGUGAAUCAGCCACCUCCGCUUAUGGUGGAAAGCGGUACUCAUAUAUUUGAUAUAGUUUUUGAAAAUUUGCUGUGGCUGUAUUCUUCCUGUUGUGAAAUAGUAUCGAUUCUCCGUAUAAUUUGAACGGAAAAGCAAGCUUGUUAAUUACAGGUUCCGGCGAUCCGACGUCAAACCAACCUUCGCCGCGCCCUCAUUACGAAAGGGGCGUUGCCUUCAACCUGUUUCCCAAUACGAAGAUUAGCGGAUUUCAUGCCAUGCGGAGAAGCCAGACAACCGGUAAAUGGAUCGGUAAAGUGGAGCAUUUUCGCAUACGGGAUCAUGCUCAUACUAGUGUGGUGCCUGGCGAUGGGCGCUGUGGCAGGCGAUGGGGAAAUGAGAGGACAUAGUAAGGAUAUUGGCACAACUCAAUAUGAAUGAUCACCUUUCAGCUUAAUUAAAUUUACUUCUUCGUCGAUCUCUAGGGUAAGGAACGUUAACUACCUUAGGCUCAAGUGAGUCUGGUAUUCAUCUUCUUUUUCUUCCCUCCCUCCUCCCUACGUCUCUACGCUGAUCCUGUAUGUUGAUCAUUUCAGAUGCACUGACGAUGGCGAUGCUUUUGUAGACUUUCGCUUACAUGAGGAUGCUUUUUGUGGAUGUUUUGAAGACAUGCGAAGAAAUUGUCGCAAGGUGUAGUUUUGAGGUUCCGAUGUUUGCAGAUGACACACCCACGAUCGUGCCGCAGGAUGGACCACGUGAUAUAAACUUAAAGAUUUAAGCAUCACAGCUCUUUAG